AAGCAAAAACUUUUUAAACUUAGUGAUUAAAAUGAAAUUUCCGGAUACUAAAGGGACUAACAGUUAAAAUAAAACAAAAACGGACCUUCUCUUUCCCUUUCCAUCUGCAGCUCACACAUCUCAAUAAACUAGUUUUCUUCACAUUCAUCAAAGAUCAAAAAGCUAAGGUCACACUGUAACAGCAAUUGCAACUUGUAACCCAAAAAUCAUCUCUAUUGGGUUGUUCAGUAACCCUCAUAACCCAACCUUCGCUUUCUCCUUUUAGCUUAGUGCACAGAUCUGAGCCCAGAUAUCAUUGGUUUUAUGAGUAAUCAACCGUAAAGCCUGCUCUUUUUUGCAGCUGAAUUUUAAUGCAUAUUUACGAAUGAACAAGGGUUUUUGGGUUUAUUCUUCUCUUCCUGAAGUGGAAAUGACAAAUGGGCUCUUCGUUUUUCUGUGAAAAGUUAUUUCCUUUAUUCUUAUGGGAUUGAUCUCUCAAGUGGGUUUCCGAAAAUUUAAAGCCUAAGUUGAGAUUAAAAGUGAAAGUUUUUUGUUUUUUUGUUUUUUUUUUCUUUCACUCAUCUUUCUAUUGUUAGAAUUAUACAAUCGAAAAAGAUGAUGCAGCUGCUGUUCUUAGUUCUUUUUUCUGAGGGUCUUGUGGCAUUUCUUCUUUUGGUAAAGAUUGGCCCUUUAAGGGAGCUUGUGAUUAAGAGUUUGGAUCAGCUCAAAAUGAAAAGGGGCACUGUAUUAACCAUCGCAGGCACUAUGUUUGCCAUUUUCAUGUCAAGCUUUUUUAGCAUUGUUAAGAUUCAGAACAGAGGUGCAAAACUAGGUUCCAUGUCACCCAUGGAUCAGGUUCUUUGGAGAACCCACUUGCUCGAGGCUUCACUCAUGGGUUUUACCCUAUUUCUUGGUUUCAUUAUUGACCGAAUGCAUCAUUAUCUUCGAAAGCUCAUUGGGUUGAGGAGUAACGUUGGAGCUUCAAAGGAAGAACUUGAGAAGCUUCAGAAAGAAAAGUCACAACUUAAAGAAGAGGAGGAGAAACAUUCCAAGGAAGUAAAGUUGCUGAAAGAAGAAAUUUCAACACUAACGAAAAGUUUGAAAAAGCUCAAGUCAGAGUCUGAUGAGAAGGAUAAAAGAGUUGAAACUGCCGAAGCACAUGUUGCUGCCCUCCAGAAACAAGCUGCGGAUCUAUUACUCGAAUACGAUCGACUCUUAGAAGACAACCAAAAUCUCCAAAACCAAGCUCUAGGAUACAAGAGUUAACAGAAAUUUCUAAAGAGAACCUUAAGUCACGCAUCAAGGAUUGUUUUAGGUUGGCUCGGGUAUUUUUGUCAAACCAUCUGCUGCCAAGGGUGGUCAAUUGCUUGUUUGAUGUUAAUUUUUUGGUAGUUCUAAUGAAUGUAGAAUUUUGUCAGUUUGCCAAUCUUUGCAUUGUUUUAACUGAUUAAAUUGCAUUUGCCCAUUUGCAUACAUGAUCCUGAGAGUACUUGUGUCUAAUAUUGAAUUAGUUUCUAAAGGAGGAUGCUAACGCAACUUUUUCUUCAGAUACUGAAUGAAUGUUCUCAAAUAUGUGUUAUUACCAUUUGAACAGUUGCUCACUAGCUAAUAUCUCUGUAUUUUUGUCAGGCAAAUGGUGUAACAAACUUUGAGGAUAGCUCAUCAAUUAAAAAUGAUUAGUGUGAUUGUGCUGUUAA